UACCCCACCCUCCUUUGGUACGCUGAGAGCCACAACUUCAACCAUGAUGAAUCAGAUUCAGCAGGAACUGGAAAAGCUCACUUGCAUUGAGCUAAAGAAGAUUCCAGAAUUUGCAGUGGAUGUGAAGCUGGAUCCGACCACUGCCCAUCAGAGCCUCGUUGUUUCUCCUGAUGGGAAGAAAGUGAGAGACCGUGGAAGCAACACAGACGUUCCCAACACGGCUGACGGGUUCGACAUGUUCUGCAGCGUCCUGGGGCUCAACGGCCUGACCUCUGGAAGGGCUUACUGGGAGGUGGACGUCGGCCGCAAGCCCAGAUGGGAUCUUGGUGUGGCAAGACGCAGUGCCAACCGUAAAGGCCAGCUGGUGCUGAACCCUGAGAAGGGUUUCUGGGUUGUUGGUUAUUAUGAAGGCAAACAGUAUAAAGCCCGGACGGCGCCACUUGUCAGAAUCCCUUUGAAGGGGAAACCAAGGAGAGUGGGGGUGUUUGUAGAUUACGAGGAAGGCCUUGUGUCCUUCUACGAUGUCACAAAUCAGUCUCACAUUUACUCCUUCACUGGGUGCUUCUUUGGUGGUGAGAUCUGUCCUUAUUUCAGUCCAAAUCCUCAAAAAAAGGAGAACAACGCAGAUCCUCUGGUUGUCUGUGCUUUGUAG